AUGCCUAACUAUGUGAAGUUCAUGAAAGACAUCCUUACAAAGAAGAGAAGAUUAGGGGAAUUUGAGACAAUGGCUCUUACCAAGGAGUGUAGCUCAUUCUUGCAAAACAAGCUGCCACUGAAGAUGAAAGAUCAUGGGAGUUUCACCAGUCCAUGCACCAUUGGUAAUUCUUAUUGUGGCAUGGCUUUAUGCGAUUUGGGUGUAAGCAUCAACUUGAUGCCAAUGUCUAUUUUCAAGCAAUUGGGGAUUGGAGAAGUUAGGCCUACUACAGUUACUCUUCAACUAGCAGAUAGAUCUCUUGCUCACCCGAAUGGGAAGAUUGAAUAUGUAUUGGUAAGGGUAGACAAAUUCAUAUUCCCUGCUGAUUUUAUUGUGUUAGACUAUGAGGCAGAUAGAAAGGUGCCUAUUAUCUUGAGGAGACCAUUUCUUGCGACAAGAAGAACUUUAACAGAUGUGCAGAACGGGGAGCUGACUAUGAGGGUCUAA